AUGAAGCUCCUGGGUGCUGUGUUUCUGGCUGCUGGCCUGCUCAGCGCUGCUGCCCGGGGGGAGCAGUCCCCCUGGCCGGACGAGCCUUCCCGGACCUGCUUCUUCCAGAUGCUCAGCGGCGUGGACAGCGAGUUCUGCAGAGGGGAUUUGGAAAUUACCUACCCGGAGCUGGGCCAUGUGGGCUGCAUGUACAUCCCCAAAUGCCACCAGUACCGGCGACGGAUCAGCAGGGAGUGGAGCAGCCCCCGCGUUCGGUACCCCCAGGCUGACAAG